AUUGGCUGAGUGUGGCCCUGCCCCCCAUAUUAACCCCUCGCAGGCAGGGGUGGGCAGUGCCCAGUCAGGCAUGGGGGUUAACGAGGUGGGUUAAUGAGUAACUGCCCCGCGGGUGGGGGUAGCUGCCCCCAGGGGGGUGAACUUCGGCCGGCAGCAGGCGCGGACGGGGCAGGAUGCUGGGGCUCGGCGGGCCACGGCUGCGGGGGGCAGCAGGGCUCCCCCAGGGGGACCCAGGCAUCCUGGGGGGGUUCAGGGACGGGACGGCACUGAGGGCCAAGAGCGGGCAGGAGCUGGCCCGGGCCCUGCUGGUGCUGGGGCUGUGCGGGCUACCCGGCUUCGUCCGCAGCGCCCCCACGCUGCUGUGGGUGUCGCGGCGGGUGCUGGGGCGCCGGCUGUGGGGGGGGCUGCUCCGCGCCUCCUUCUACGGGCAGUUCGUGGCGGGCGCGACGCCGGCCGAGGUGGGGGUCACUGCGCGGCGCCUCCAGGCCCUGGGCCUGCGCCCCAUGCUGGCUCUGCCCUUCGAGGAGGACGUGGGGGGGCCGCGGUCUGAUGGCCCACGGCCUUCCCGCAGGGAGCACUGGUACGAGGGGAACGGCACGGCGGCGCGGGGCUGCGUGGAGCUCUCGACGCAGGGGGGGCCGCGGCCCAUGAUGCAGCUCAAGGUCACGGCCCUGAUGAGCGCCCACCUCUGCAAGACGGUGUCGGGGCGCCUGGCAGAGCCGGGGGGCGCGUCUGAGCUCAGCCUGGACAGAGUCAUGGCGGUGAUGGCUGGCGAGGACCCGCAGUUCCCCUGGCUCAGCCCGGAGCAGAACCGGCACCUCGGCGCCGCGCUCUCCCGGCUCGAUGGCGUCGCGCAGCUGGCGUCGCAGCGCGGCGUGCGGGUGCUGGUGGACGCGGAGCAGACCUACAUCAACCCGGCGCUGGGGCUGGUGACGCUGGCGCUCAUGGCCCGCUGGAACCGCGACCGCGCCUGGGUCUGGAACACCUACCAGGCCUACCUCCAGGACUGCCGGGCGCGGCUGCAGCAGGACGCUGGCGUGGCCGAGCGCGGGGGCUUCUGCUUCGGGGUCAAGCUGGUGCGUGGCGCCUACCUGCAGCAGGAGCGGGGCCUGGCCCGGGCCCGGGGGUGCCCUGACCCCGCGCACCCCACCUGGGAAGCCACCAACGCCAGCUACGACGCGUGCCUGGACCUGGCGCUGGAGAGGGCGGCGCAGGAUGGGCAACGCUUCGAGCUCAUCGUGGCCACUCACAACGAGGCCUCCGUGCGCCACGCCGUCCGCAGAAUGGCGGAGCUGGGCAUCCCCGAGGCGGACGGGGGCGUGUGCUUUGGGCAGCUGCUGGGCAUGUGCGACCACGUCUCGCUGGCACUCGGCCAGGCUGGCUACGCGGUGUACAAGUCGGUGCCCUACGGGCCCGUGGAGGGCGUGCUGCCCUACCUGGUGCGCCGGGCGCAGGAGAACCGCAGCGUCCUGGCCGGGGUGCGGGCCGAGCGCGCCCUCCUCACCCGGGAGCUCUGCCGCCGCCUGCUCCGGCGCGCAUGA